AUGGCAUCAACAGACCCCACUCCACUCACCGUAUACCGUGGCUCCGCAAAGACGGGCGUAUACGUCUGGUCUCCCUUCGUCAUCAAGCUCGAGGCUCGGCUGCGAUUCGACGGCAUCCCAUACAAAGUCGGCCAAGGCUCUCCCAUGUCGGCGCCGCGCGGCAAGAUCCCGUACAUCGAGCUCGGGGCCGCCGGCGAGCAACUGGGCGACUCGGCAUUCAUCAUCCGCAGGCUCGUCGACGAGGGCGUCGUCGCCGACCUCAACGCCGGCGUCCCGCCCGUCCAGCGAGCCCGCGACUUGGCGAUCCGCGCGCUGGUGGAGGACAAGGUGUACUUUUACGCCACGCGCGAGAAGUGGUGCGACAACUACGCCGUCAUGCGCGCGGGCGCCCUGGCCGCAAUCCCCUGGCCGCUCCAGUGGCUGGUCGGCCUGCUUGCGCAGCGCAGUAUCGCGAGGACGCUCUACGGCCAGGGCGCCGGGCGGUUCGCCGACGACCAAGUCGCGACGCUGAACGAGGAGGUCUGGGAGAGCGUCGCCGCGCUGCUGACCGAUGCCAACAGGGCUAGCUCCGGCGCGCCGGGUCCCUUUUGGGUGCUCGGCGGCGGAGGUCCCACGGAGGCGGACGCGUCGCUGUUUGGCUUCGUGGCCACGGCGUUGGUCUGCGAUGCAGCACCCACGACUGCCAAGAUUGUGAGGUCGUAUCCCGUGGUUAUCGAUUAUGCGGACCGGAUCCACCGCAAGUAUUUCCCCGAUUACGAGAAAUGGGAAUAA